CUUCAGAAACAAAGGUUUCAGGUUACACGUCCAAAAGAAACCACUGUCAGCACACAUAAUAAGAGCUUGCCUGAAAAUCAAACAUAUUUUGACUAGAACAGAGUUCAAUUUCAAAUCAUGAAGUCAACAUUAACAUUCCUGGCUGUCUAUGGCUUUCUGCUCGGAGUGGCGCAGUCUGCAAGCAUAACAUCACCAGAUCGCGCAGAUGCGAAAUCCAUCUCGGACUGUCAGUCAUGCGAAUAUAUCAUGAGAUUUAUUCGUUUUCAAACUCUGAAUCAAGCUCAGUCUGUGGACGAUGUCAAAGAGAAGAUAAAAGCUCUCUUCAAGAUCAUUCCAUCCUCUGUACAGGUAUAUAGGGCAAGUUUUGUAUAUUUUGCUUGCAGCGCAGUUUAUGCUAAUUAGACGCGCAUUUACUUCCGUGCUUUAUUUACGACAAAAGCACAACCACCAAUUCUGGAACUGGAUCAUACUAUUUAUAUUUGAAACGCAAAUAACUCUUUAAGUUCUUGAGAUUUAGACUUUUCAAACUGGGGGUUCUGCGCUUGCUCCUCUCACUAUAUGUCGACCAAGUGACCUUCAUUGGCCUUUCUAAAAGUCACAAAGCUUGAAAACAUCACAAUCCCACCAUCUUCAGACUCGUGCAAUUUUCAGAUACAAGCUUUCAAAAUAUCUGGGUUUUUUUCCAAAUUGUAUAGGCUUGAGACCAUGCUAUUUUCCCGUACAAAUAAUUUUUAUCAAAACACAAGCAAAAAUUGUGUUUGUUUUUACCCAAAAAAACGAAUUGUAUUCAAUAGAAUGAUGAAUACUUAUCAAAUGUCGAGAAGUAUGUCCGGAUGAUCCGCAAUGGAAACGAUCCGCAAAGCAUUUGCAAAGCCAUGUCCAAGUGCUCGACCGAGCAACUUGGGUUGCCACGCAUCACCGAAUGUCAAGUGUGUACUGUUGUGGUUGAUCUUAUCAAGUUUGAAUUAACAAUCAGCAAUGCUACAGUUCAGUUUAUUAUCAAAGCUGUUGAAGAAUUGUGUGCCAUAUUGGGCGAUGUACCCGUCUACAAUGAGGUAUGUACCUACUUUUAGCGGGGGGCUCACCUUCCGGGCCCACGUAAUAUCUCGCCUCGGGGUGGGAAGAAAUUAUGUAAACAGGGCGUUUUCGAAAUAAGGUCUACUGAUGUUUAGGUUUUGUUUGUAUUUUCCAACAAGUGUGCCGUUCAGUACAAUAUUAUAGGUCAAAAUCGGCAAAAAUGCCCAUCCCGGUGAGGUGGGAUAAAUUGUAUGUUGGGUAAUUAGAGCUGUGCCCGUAUUUGAGAGGUGUCUGAGGUGGCUCCUGAUUUGCAUAAACGUUUUCCUCAGUUUUCUCAGUUAAAAAUAAUUGUUAUAAAAAUAAUUUCUUGCAAACACAAUUGUUGAAAUCCUUACGUUCCACAAGCUAUAUACAGCAUUCGCGUGUUGUAUCAGACAUACAACCUCUCUCUAAACUUAAUGGGGGAUUUAUAAUAACGCUCUUGACUUGUUACCAUGUAUAUACUCUUCGUUUUUUUAGUGCAAAUUGAUAUUGAAAGAGAUAAACCAGAUAAUCCAAUGGAUUGAACAACAGCUCACACCGACAGAUAUAUGUGUUCGACUUGGAUUUUGUAACAAGACCAUGGACAUCUCAACAUCUGAUUAUAUCAAAACGCAACUAAGCAAGAAUUCAUCGAACAUGUUCUGUGAUCUGUGCAUGAUGGUGGUAAACACGCUGGACAAUGUGUUGAAAAAGAUUGACAGCAGCCUGGAUGACGCAGAGGAUGAGUUGGAUGAUAUUUGUAGUAUGUUGGGAGAUCUCGCUGACGAGGUUGGUAAAGGUAUUUGGUAUCACUAUCAAUCACAAAAACCGUGUAACAUAAAUGAUUAUUUAUUUUGGGUAGUUCUAUCAGCCCCCUAAACCGUGCUUUCCAGAGUACAGUAACUCCGGUUUUCCACUAUUCACUAGGUCUGGGCGAAUUUGAUCGCAGGAAGCGCCGCACGUCAGUAGGGUUGGGCGAUAUUAAAAAAAUCAUCUCACGAUUAUUGUCAAGGAAAUUAUCACGAUAUUCGAUAAUAUCGCGAUAAAUGCAAUAAAAACAAUGACCACAUUUUUCAAUUUUAAUUAAUAUCAUUGUAUAGUAAGCUUAUAUAUAUAAUCUUAUUAAAAACAAGUAAAACAACAAAUUAAAGAAAUAUGAAGGAUUUUUCUAGUCUAAUAUUUACUCUUCAUAAAGCAGAACUGAGCAGAACUGUCUAUGCAGUGUCUACUGUGUCUCCGCUGGCACAAAUACUGUGGCCACCACAGCGCAAGAAAAGCCUGCAAUUCCAUUGUUCAGCAGAUUAUAAAUGUUAGCUUUUGUAUCGUAUUAAAUUCGUUAAUUCAGGAAACAGUUUUAAUUCUUUUAAAAACUAUAUUUUCUAGGGAACUGAAAGAAUUUUUUAGGAUUUUAUAACAGCUAUAUACACAUGUGAAGCAAUAUCACGAUAGUCAUCGAGCAUGACGAUAAUUUCGAUAUAUCGUCGCUCAAGUUUCUGCCUUCGAUACGAUCAUCGUGAUUGAAAAUAUCGCGAUAAAUCAAAAUAUCGAAAUAUCGCCCAACCCUACACGUCAGCAUGGCGACAAAGGAAAAAGUCGAGGGAACAAAUUCCCCCAGUGGGAAAGUAAAUUAGCUUUAUUUACCGAUUGGAUAUAUCUAAACUACUCUCCAUGGAGAUGCAGUUAGGGUCCAUGGGCUUCAAUGUUACUACAAGAGGAAAUUAGGAAGGGUCUAGAGGGGCAUUAAGCAUUAAACUUUUUGGUCUCGUAAUACUUAAUUCGGAAUAUUGUAACAUUAAAAUCAUAACGUGUAGAGAAAGAGUACGGUUUAAAUUUCUCUAAUAUUAAACAAUGAAAUUUUAGAUUUAAACACUUUAGAAAAAAGUAAAAAACCUUACCAGUAUACUCGGAGAAAACCAGCUGCCUUUGGUGGUCAAACUGUACGGGACGAACUACAGGGUAGUGUUUAGAAUGUGUCUUAAUUCAUUGGUUUGAUAAGCCCACUGUUCUCAUGCCAUCUACUCAAUGCAAAGAGCCAUACUAUUCCUCUGAUAAUGGCUCUCAAAUGAGUCCCUUUAUGAUUUAGUGCAAAUCUGUGGUUGACAUGGUCAUUGACGAACUGAAGAAAAAGAUGGAAUACAUUGAGACGAAACUGGAUCCUUCAACAAUGUGCAAGGCAUUGCAUCUUUGUCCUUCCUCUCUUACGAAGGUUUAAAAUCAUUGAAAAUUGACGACUAAGAAUUCACUUUUUUUUGCAUCACCACUUUACCGUGAUCGGCGUAGAAGCAUGAUAGAAGUACAGUGAUUAAAAAUUUUGCUAUUUUAGUUAAGUAAUCGGGUUAUUAAUUGCGGUAUGGAACGAAAACAGUGAAGUGAUAUUGAACAAAGGUUUGUAACUUAAUUGUAAUCUACAGUAUAAUAAAAAUAGAAAACAUAAUGAUUCAUGCGGACUAACUUUAAAUAAAACUUUCAACUGCUUUUGAAGGGAUUUUCAUUAAAACGUUUGUAGUUCACAGCGACAUUUAGAUGUGUCUUUAUUCUAAUAUUAAUUCAAUUAAAUUAGUAACAUUAUUCUGAACCAUAUAUUGUGGUGAUGUACUGUACUACUUGGGUCUUGUUAAUGUUUAGCAAUUUCUUUAACAACCUGUUGAACAAUAUACAAAAAUAAGUUCUUUGUAUGUUUGCAUGGCGAUAAAAUAUAAUGGUUUUGUUUGUGGAAACACCACGUAAAAAAUUGUAGUAAUAAAUAUAGUAAUAAUAAUAAUAUAUAUAGUAAUAUUAAUAUAAUUGUAGUAAUAUAUAUUAAUACGUUUUAAUUGUAGUAAUAAAUAUACUGUUUAUUGCAGUAAUAAAUUUACGUGGUGUUUCCACAAACAAAACCAUUAAUAUACAAAAACUUGAAAAUGGGAUUCUAGUAUAGGGAACGCCGAACAAUAUUUCGAAGACGUGUGAAGUAUCAAACUUGAGGUAAAAAAUGUUUCCAUUACAGUAAACAGAAUGGAUACUGCAUGAUUAUGAAGUUUAAUGUUCCAUCAGGGACUUUUAUACUGUAUAUGUUAAUUUUGACCCUUAUAUGGCUAUAACUAUAUUUCUCAGGUGGUUAGACUUUUCAACCAGGCCAAAAAAAAUAUGUGGGUUUCCUAUUUCUUCUUGUAAAAACUUAGGUUGGGUAGAUCGGUUUUAACUUUUUUUUUUAACUUUUUUUUUAAUUUUCCUAACAACCGAACACCAUUUUGUUUAGUCAGUGCUUCCACAUUCAAAGAUAAAUUUCCCUAAUAUUGCCUCAAAUUUCCAUUUUUCACAAACGUUUUCCUCUAAGUGGAAACACUUACAAGCAUGAUCCAAUAAAAAAGUUUAGGGUCUGGAUUUCGGCAUCCAAAACUCCAAAAGCUAGAUAGGGUCGGGAAACCCACAUAUUUUUUUUUGACCCCACCAUCAUGAAUAUUUGUAAUUCAGGCAUGUUUAACUCGAACUACAACCAUUAUUGCAUCCAUGUUUUAAAGUCACUGUUUUACGACUGUGAAUGUGGAAAGUUCUUCUUUAUCCAGUGCUGUGAGAUCAAAACCUUUUGGUGCUUUAGAACCUACAAAUUAAAAGAAGUCAAAGAAAGAAAAUGAUUUUCACUUUGUCUCAAAAUGUCUAAACUACCAGAACUAAAGAG